AUGGGUUUUCAACGAUACAGUCGUACGCGGUCCCUCAAGGCUUCCCCGCGAGUGGAAGUCCUGUCUCUGGGAACGUCAGACUACGAUUCCGAAGGCUUUACCGAUGUCGAAGACGAGGCUUCUACUCGACGUGUCGUCUCAAGCCGUCCCAAAGAUGCCACAACCAUCACAUUCUCCGAGAAUUGCCGAAUGCUCAACGAUGUACCGUCAGCUAUAGACCCCUUGGUGAUAGAAGAGAUCGCCCAUGAUGACGAGCCGGAUGUGAUACGUCUUCUCGGUCAUGUUGAUGUCCUGGGCUGCCUGGAUCCAGCUUUAUAUUUUGAUCGAGAUGUAUGGUCUGGACCUCAUCCCGUUCACUCUGGUGGUGUUGCUCGCAAUAUACACUGGGGCGUUGUCUCUCCUAUCUAUCCCCAAGUCAGUGAUCAGCCUUUUCAAAGCUUCUGCCUGCCUCGGGGAAUGGCGUCCGAGGCUCAGGCUCCUCGGAUAUUCGGUACCAUCGACACAGUCUGCGCCGCCCUCGCGGUCGACUACCCCUCGCACCUGUACCGAGUCGUAGUAUGCGAUGACGGCGACUCCAAGAACCUGGCGGCUUGGGUCACUUCGCUCGCGCAACAGCGGUCGAACCUUCACUAUACAGCCCGUACGAGGCACGGGCCUGAAGGAUACAAGGCGGGGAACCUGAACCAUGGUCUGGGCUUCGUCGACGCUCUUCCUGGAGGGCCUGCCGAGUAUGUGGCCGGGAUAGAUGCUGACAUGAUUGUGGAGAGGAGGUGGUUGCGGUCUGUAAUGGCUCACAUCGCACCCGACCCAGACAUGGGUAUGGCAUGCCCAGCGCAGGUAAGAACCCCCAAGCUCAAGACGAUCAAUGAUCCCCUUUCCCAGUCAAAUCGACAAUCCUGGCGGCUAUCCAAUGUCGUCCGUGAUAUGGCGGACAUAGCGUGGAACACCGGCUCCGGCUGGGUCGCUCGGCGGCAAGCCAUCGAUGACAUUGGCGGCUUUCCUACCGGCUGCCUUAUAGAAGACAUACACAGCUCUACCUUGCUCCUGACCUUGGGAUGGAAGACAGCGUAUGUGGCCGAAGCUCUGCAGUACGGACUCGUCCCAGAGACAUACGAUGGACAUGUGAAGCAGUUCACGAGAUGGAGGGUUCUCGACUUCGACCAAGCUGUCGCCAGCGUCUUCGGCCCCUUUACAUCCGUGGUUGGCCUUGUGUUCACUGUACUCUUCCUUUUCAGCAACAUCCACCUGGCGUAUUUCAUGAAUCUGGACCAGUUGCGUCUGCUGCUGCGCCUUCAGACCUGUGCGACUCUCCUACAAGCGGUGUCCACGUGCUUGUCGAGUUUUCUCGUGGGCUACGAGACGGCCAUUAGGCAGGAUCCCGCGUGGAUGGGGUCCUUCACCCCAGCGCUGACACAAACACUUCGAAAAGACUACAUCGCUUCCGUAAUGCGCUCGUUCGUAUUGAACCCCUUUCUUGGAGGGCGCGCGGCUUCCUUCACACCCUCGGGCACAAUCUCCAACAACAUCCGCGAACGCGAUCACCACCGAAGAGCCCCCAUUCACCGACGCCUCUGGCACAUGAUGGCGCACUGCGGAGCUUGGUUCCACGUGAUAGUAGUGACCUUGCUUGUCGCUGGUGUAGCUUGCCGAGUUGCAGGACAUCCGCUCAUCACCAUCAUUCCCACGAACCCGCGUGCACUAUUGGUACAGCAGAGCAGCACGGUCGGAGAAGACAAUGUACCUGAAGCCUGGAUUGGGCUCUUGGAACGCAUCGCGUGGCCACCACUGGGCUGGCUGACGGGCAUCAUGUCCUGGUCGACACCGAUCCGAUACGCGCUGUUCCCGCCGCGCGUACCGGACAGGGAAGAAUUGCUAGGAGAUAGGGAUGAGAAGGGCGCAAGAUACCCGGCGGAUUCAGUCAAAGGCUGCAAGUGGUCACUUUGGGGGUUCGGAGAGACCCAUGUGUAUAUCCUCGGAGUUGGAUAUUCUGCAGGUCUGCUGAUUUGGAGCUUUUGGAUAUAA